AUGCUUCCUUCUUUUCUCUUGGUUGGAGAGAUUGUGAAUACUUGUGAAAUCAACGACAGGCACAAUCUGGAUCAACUGAAGAUUCAAAUGGAGAUAGAAAGAAAGACGAUUCCAUCAGCGGAAACCGUCAUUUCUCCAAUCGAGUUGGAAAUGAUUCGUGACGAACAAAACAAGGAGAUCCUUGAGCAAAGAAGACUCAUGAAGCAACGAAACGGAGGUCUUCAGUGCUACUUAGCCAGUCAGACAGAGGAGCGCCAGUAUUUGGAGAGCAAGUUGAAUGAGGCUCAGGAAAAACAGAAGAUCGAGAAACAUCUCAUCAUGAAGAAUCUUCCGAGAUCUGACUCUCAGACUGAAACCAUGAAGAAGAACAGAGCAGCCAAAUAA